AUGUGCAGUUUUACGAAGUUGCUUGUAUAUUUCUUGUUCGCUGGCUCUGCCAGUGCGGAUUAUGCCCAGGGCAUAUAUGACCUUGUAAAGCGUCGAAUGCCCCAACACGCGGACAGCUUUCAGUUUUCGCCGCUCGAAACGGUCCAAAACUCACCAGACCAUACCGACCAAGUUACAGAUCAAUACGUUGUAUCCACGCCAGAAAAUGGCACAGUUUUAAUUGAGGGGAAUUCAUUAAGCGCCUUAUCUUAUGGUCUUCAUCGUUAUUUAGCCGAUGUAGCCCACGUUGAUAUGUGGUGGUUCAUUGGGAAUCGCCUGGAUAUUGCUCCUGAGGAGUUGCCUACAAUCGAGCAACCAAUUACAGGUUCCAGUGUCGCUCAAUGGCGGUACCACUUCAACACAGUGACCUUCGAUUACAUGGCUGCCUUCUGGUCGUGGAGCGACUGGGAGUUUCAGCUCGAUUGGAUGGCCCUCCGGGGAAUCAAUUUAUCGCUAGCCUGGGUUGGAUAUGAAAAGAUCCUGCUGGAAGUGUUUAAAGAGCUUGGAUUGACUGAUGCGGAGAUCUCGACAUUCUUUACAGGGCCCGCCUUUCAAGCAUGGAAUCGAUUGGGUAACAUACAAGGCUUCUGGGGCGAUCCUCUGCCUAACGAGUGGAUCGAGUCGCAAUUCGAGUUACAGAAGAAGAUCCUUGCACGCAUGGUAGAGCUUGGGAUAACACCCGUUCUCCCUUCAUUCACGGGCUUUGUUCCAAGGGCAAUUACCAGGGUCCUCCCUAAUGCCAAGGUGGUGCCGGGAUCACGAUGGAACGUUUUCUCUUCUAAUUACACGUGUGAUACAUUUCUCGAGCCAUUCGAUGACAAUUUUGCACUGCUGCAAAAGAGUACCAUUUCUAAGCAGCAGGCUUAUUAUGGUAAUAUCUCACACAUCUAUGCACUAGACCAGUAUAAUGAGAACAAUCCAUUCUCCUCGAAUCCGGACUAUUUACGGAACAUUUCUCGCACAACCUCACAGAGUCUGAAGGCCGCUGACCCUGAUGCGGUUUGGCUGAUGCAGAGCUGGCUCUUCUUAGAUGCUACUUUUUGGAACAACGUGACCAUUUGUGCCUAUCUAUCGGGGGUUGAGAACAAUUCAGACAUGCUGAUUCUGGACUUGUUCGCAGAGUCUCAGCCUGUCUGGCAACUCACGGAUUCAUACUAUGGCAAGCCCUGGAUCUGGUGUCAAGUGCAUGAUUACGGAGGAAAUAUGGGACUUUAUGGACAGAUAAUGAACAUCACCGAAAAUGCAACAGCAGCGUUAGCCAGCUCAGGAAGUAUGGUGGGCUUUGGUCAUACUAUGGAGUCGCAAGAAGGAAAUGAAAUAGUGUAUGAUUUGCUCUUGGAUCAAGCCUGGUCCGAAACGCCUAUCAACACCUCUCAAUAUUUCGAAGACUGGGUGACGGUUCGAUAUGCUGGAACACAACAUGUGCCGCAGCAGCUGUUCGAUGCUUGGGAGAUCUUACGUUGGUCCGCAUACAACAACACUAACCUGGCAUCUUCAUCUGUCCCGAAGUCUAUUCUGGAGCUCGAACCCAGUAUAUCCGGUUUAUUAAAUCGGGAGGGUCAUCACCCAACUACAAUCAACUACGAUCCUGAAUUAGUAGUAGAAGCCUGGGCACUGACAUACGAGGCUGCAUUGUUGGAGCUCUCCUUGUGGGAUAACCCUGCAUUUAACUACGACUUGAUUUUCCUUACUCGUCAAGUUCUUGUUAAUGCAUUUAUUCCUCGGUAUGAACUGCUGAUCUCCUUCUACAACAACGAAAAUUACUCUGUACCCGCAAUCGUGUCUGCUGGACGACAGCUCAUUGACUUGCUCCAGUCACUGGACACUGUUCUUGGGACAAAUGAGUGUUUCCAGCUGGCUCAAUGGAUCAACAAGGCCGUAUCGCGGGCGCAUGGCAAUACAACCCUUGCUGCGUACUACGAAUACAACGCCCGAAACCAGAUAACACUUUGGGGCCCGAAUGGCGAAAUCAGCGACUAUGCCUCUAAACAAUGGGCUGGUCUUAUUUCAUCAUAUUAUGUGCCUCGUUGGCAGAUCUUGGUUGAUUAUUUACAGUCUACGUGCCCUGAUUCAUAUGACCCAACCAACUUGCAUCAAAUAAUUUUCACAUUCGAGUCAAAUUGGCAGCAGGAACUGGACGGCCAGAGAAAUCAAACGGUUGUAGCGGAUCUUCGACAUGUGCUGUUGGAUAUUCAGAGGCAGUGGCCAGAAAUUUUUAGGGGCUACAUCAGCGACCCAGACAUUGAUACCAGCGCUCAAUAUUCUCUUCAUCAUGGAGACUUUCAGAUUCCAAUAGGUUCCACAAAAUCUUUUGAUAGGAUUUGA